AUGUCACGGUUCUGGGGGAACAUUGGGGGUUCAGGAUGUGGCGAAGCUCGACCUGCAACACCAAAGUAUGCAGCACGACAAUCGUACAUUAAAUACGAUGAUUAUGCGACACCGGAUAAUGUUAUUGAAGUUAAAUCAACCAAAUCGUUCUCAUUCAAAAUGAUCACCAAGACAGUACCUUUGGCACUUGGAACAUCCUCGAUAGAGGUAUCUCCAGUCACGAUGUCAUCUCCCUCAUUAUUGCAAGAACAAUCACCCAGCAAAUAUCCUUUCGAAGUCUCAUACCCACAACACGCCUAA